CCCAUCAAUCACCGAUCGGCGGCCCCGCGCGGAUCAAUCAAUGGUUGGGAGGAGGCGGUGGCGGCGGCUGCUGCUGUUAAUGAACAAUGUGUGAGAGCUGCGCCGAGCUGCUGGAGGUGUUAAACGAGAUAUCUGAUGUUGAAGGUGCUGAUGGAUUGCAGCUCAGAAAGGAACAUGUGCUCAAGAUAUUUGCUUAUAUCAAUUCCUGGACACAAAGGCAAUGUCUGUGCUGUUUCAAGGAAUAUAAACAUUUGGAGAUCUUUAACCAAGUAGUAUGCGCGCUUAUUAACUUGGUGAUUGCUGAAGUUCAAGCUCUGCGGGACCAGCUCUGUAAACAUUGCACUAUUAAUAUAGAUUCAACAUGGCAAGAUCAUAGUAAUUGUGCUGAUGAACCCCUGAAUGUAGAAAGAGACUCUCAUGACGAAGAAGAUAGAGAACGGCAAAGAUCUAUAGAGAAAAAAAUAGAUUCUGCAAGAACUUGUAUCCUGACUGAGGAGUCAUCUACGAAGAGCAUUGAUGGUUUUAGCUGGAGCACUGAUGAGAAGGAGAAGUUGUUGCUGUGUGUGGCAAAAAUCUUUCAGAUUCAGUUUCCUUUGUACACUGCUUAUAAGCAUAAUACUCAUCCUACAAUAGAGGAUAUUUCUGCUCAAGAAAGCAAUAUACUAGGAGCAUUCUGUGACAUGAAUGAUGUAGAAGUACCACUGCACUUGCUUCGUUAUGUUUGUCUGUUUUGUGGAAAAAAUGGCCUUUCCCUCAUGAAGGAUUGCUUUGAAUAUGGAACUCCUGAGACACUGCCAUUUCUUAUAGCACAUGCAUUUAUCACAGUGGUGUCUAACAUCAGAAUAUGGCUACACAUCCCUGCUGUCAUGCAGCACAUUAUACCCUUUAGGACUUACGUUAUCAGGUAUUUAUGUAAACUAUCAGACCAGGAGUUACGACAGAGUGCAGCCCGGAACAUGGCAGAUUUAAUGUGGAGCACAGUUAAAGAGCCACUGGAUACUGCUUUGUGCUUUGAUAAAGAAAGUCUUGAUCUUGCGUUUAAAUACUUUAUGUCUCCAACUCUAACAAUGAGAUUGGCUGGGCUGAGUCAAAUAACAAAUCAACUUCAUACCUUCAAUGAUGUCUGUAAUAAUGAGUCAUUAGUUUCAGACACAGAAACGUCAAUUGCAAAAGAGCUUGCAGACUGGCUUAUCAACAACAAUGUAGUUGAACACAUUUUUGGACCAAACAUACACAUUGAGAUCAUCAAACAGUGCCAAGUGAUUCUGAAUUUCCUUGCAGCCGAAGGGAGACUUAGUACUCAACAUAUAGACUGUAUUUGGGCUGCAGCACAGCUGAAGCAUUGCAGUCGUUACAUACACGAUUUGUUCCCUUCUUUGAUCAAAAACUUGGACCCUGUCCCACUUAGGCAUCUCCUUAACCUAGUCUCGACUCUUCAUCCAAGCGCUCACACUGAACAGACAUUGUAUUUGGCAUCAAUGCUUAUAAAAGCACUGUGGAACAAUGCACUAGCAGCUAAAGCUCAGCUGUCAAAACAAAGCUCUUUUGCAUCUUUACUCAGUACUAAUCUACCAAUAGGAAACAAAAAAGAGGAGGAUCUCAGAAGAGCAGCCCCUUCGCCUUGGUCACCAGCAGCUAGCCCUCAAAGUAGUGACAACAGCGACACCCAUCAGAGUGGAGGUAGUGAUAUUGAAAUGGAGGAGCAGCUUAUUAACAGAACAAAACAUGUACAACAGCGACUUUCAGAUACAGAGGAAUCCAUGCAAGGAAGCUCUGAUGAGACAGCAAACAGCGGUGAGGAUGGCAGUAGUGGCCCUGGUAGUAGCAGUGGCCACAGUGAUGGAUCCAGUAAUGAGGCCAACUCCAGUCAUGCAAGUCAGUCUGCUGAAAGCCCUGGCAGCGAAGUGCAGUCUGAAGACAUUGCAGAUAUUGAAGCUCUCAAAGAGGAGGAGGAUGAAGAAGAAGAGGAUAGGAAUCAUAAUCCCCAGAAAAACAGUAGGAGCACAGAUAUACGAAGCAGGAAACUGGAAUCACAAACAGACAUUUGUCUGGGAGAUUCACAGGGGGCAUCGGAGAGGAACAGUACAAAUAAUGGGACAGGAAAGGACCAUGUUUUUAAUGCUGACUCUGUAACUCCUGUGGAUAAUCGAAUUAGAAUACUGGAUGCCUGUUCCCAUGCUGAGGAUGCAGACCAUGACAUGACAGGGGAAAUGAGCGCUGCUCGCAUUUCGCAAGGGUCUCAAGAUUCUUGUAUAACACAUACAGGAGACUUCCUUGGAGAAACUAUUGGAAAUGAAUUAUUUAACUGUCGACAGUUCAUUGGUCCCCAGCAUCACCACCAUCAUCACCAUCACCAUCAUCAUCAUGACGGGCAUAUGGUUGAUGAUAUGCUCAGUGCAGAUGAUGUCAGUUGCAGUAGUUCUCAAGUCAGUGCAAAAUCAGAGAAAAAUAUGGCUGACUUUGAUGGGGAAGAAUCUGGCUGUGAAGAAGAGCUUGUACAGAUUAAUUCACAUGCAGAGCUAACAUCUCAUCUUCAGCAGCAUCUUCCCAACCUGGCCUCUAUCUAUCAUGAACAUCUUAGUCAAGGACCAGCAGUUCAUAAACAUCAAUAUAAUAGCAGUGCAGUGACGGACAUUAAUUUGGAUAAUGUUUGUAAGAAAGGAAAUACCCUUUUGUGGGAUCUGGUCCAGGAUGAAGAUGCAAUUCAUCUUUCGGAAGGGUUAAUAAAUGAAGCAGAGAAGCUGCUCUGUUCUUUAGUAUGCUGGUUCACUGACAGACAGAUUCGAAUGAGAUUUAUUGAAGGCUGCUUAGAAAAUUUAGCAAACAACAGAUCAGUAGUAGUUUCACUUCGUCUUCUUCCAAAGUUAUUUGGUACGUUUCAGCAGUUUGGGAGCAGUUACGAUACACACUGGAUAACAAUGUGGGCAGAAAAGGAACUUAACAUGAUGAAACUUUUCUUUGAUAAUUUGGUACACUACAUCCAGGCAGUCAGGGAGGGACGACAUAAAUAUGCAUUAUACAGCCACAGUGCAGAAGUUCAAGUUCGUCUUCAGUUCUUGACUUGUGUGUUUUCAACUCUAGGAUCACCAGAUCAUUUCAGGUUGAGUUUAGAACAAGUGGACAUAUUGUGGCACUGCUUAGUUGAAGAUUCUGAAUGUUACGAUGAUGCACUACACUGGUUCUUGAAUCAAGUACGAAGUAAAGAUCAGCAUGCUAUGGGUAUGGAAACUUACAAACAUCUUUUCUUGGAAAAGAUGCCACAGCUAAAACCUGAAACUAUUAGUAUGACUGGACUGAAUCUCUUCCAGCAUUUGUGCAAUUUGGCUCGAUUGGCUACUAGUACAUAUGAUGGUGGCUCAAACUCAGAGUUGUGUGGCAUGGACCAGUUCUGGGGUAUUGCUCUAAGAGCACAGUCUGGUGAUGUCAGUCGAGCAGCUAUCCAGUACAUCAACUCCUAUUAUAUCAACGGUAAAACUGGGCUUGAAAAAGAGCAGGAAUUUAUUAGUAAAUGUAUGGAAAGUCUGAUGAUAGCUUCUAGUAAUCUUGAACAAGACUCUCAUUCAAGUCUGACAAUUAUUGAAAGAGGACUCUUGAUGCUAAAGACACAUCUGGAAGCUUUUAGGAGAAGGUUUGCGUAUCAUCUGAGACAGUGGCAGAUUGAAGGUACUGGCAUCAGCAGUCAUUUGAAAGCACUGAGUGACAAACAGUCCCUACCAUUAAGAAUUGUAUGUCAGCCAGCUGGACUUCCUGACAAGAUGACUAUAGAAAUGUAUCCUAGUGAUCAAGUGGCAGAUCUACGAGCUGAAGUCACCCACUGGUACGAAAAUUUGCAGAAAGAGCAGAUAAAUCAACAAGCACAGCUUCAGGAGUUUGGCCAAAGCAGUCGAAAAGGGGAUUUUCCCGGUGGCCUCAUGGGACCUGUGAGAAUGAUCUCGUCUGGGCAUGAGCUGACAACUGAUUAUGAUGAAAAAACUCUUCAUGAAUUGGGUUUUAAGGAUAUGCAGAUGGUAUUUGUAUCCCUGGGAGCACCAAGGAGAGAACGUAAAGGUGAUGGCGUUCAGCUUCCAGCGUCUUGCCUACCUCCUCCUCAAAAGGACAACAUUCCAAUGCUUUUACUCUUGCAAGAGCCUCAUCUUACCACGCUUUUUGAUCUGUUGGAGAUGCUAGCCUCCUUUAAACCUCCCUCUGGAGAAACAUCUAUGGAAGACAAUGAGAGUGCAAAAUGUGAAGAGCUCCAUCUCCACGCAGAAAACUUAUCCAGACGUGUUUGGGAACUGUUAAUGCUUCUACCAACAUGCCCUAAUAUGUUGCAGGCAUUCCAGAAUAUUUCAGAUGAACAGGGUAAUGAUGGCUUUAGCUGGAAGGAUCUUUUGCGAAUAAAAAGUGCCCAUAAACUUUUGUAUGCCUUGGAAAUUAUUGAAGCUCUGGGAAAGCCCAACAGAAGAAUAAGACGUGAAUCUACGGGAAGUUAUAGUGAUCUUUAUCCAGACUCAGAUGAUUCAAGUGAAGAUCAAAUAGAAAAUAGUAAAAACACAUGGAGCUGCAAGUUUGUUGCUGCUGGAGGACUCCAACAAUUACUAGAAAUUUUUAAUUCUGGUAUCUUAGAACCUAAAGAACGGGAGUCGUGGACUGUGUGGCAACUGGACUGCCUUGCUUGCUUGCUGAAGCUGAUAUGCCAGUUUGCAGUUGAUCCUUCAGAUCUGGAUUUAGCUUACCAUGAUGUCUUUGCCUGGUCUGGUGUAGCAGAGAGUCACAGAAAAAGAACAUGGCCUGGCAAAUCAAGGAAGGCUGCAAGUGACCAUGUGAAGGGUCUUCACAUACCUCGCUUAACAGAGGUGUUUCUUGUACUUGUCCAGGGAACCAGUCUGAUUCAACGACUUAUGUCAGUUGCUUAUACGUAUGACAACUUGGCACCCAGGGUGUUGAAAGCUCAGUCAGAUCACAGAUCAAGACAUGAAGUCACACAUUAUUCAAUGUGGCUCUUGGUGAGUUGGGCUCACUGCUGUUCCUCAGUGAAAUCAAGUCUGGCAGACAGUGAUUAUUUGCAAGACUGGCUAAAGAAACUUACCCUUCUUAUUCCAGAGACUGCUGUUCGUCAUGAGUCAUGCAAUGGUUUAUACAAGUUAUCUCUUUCUGGUCUCGAUGGAGGAGACUCAAUUAAUCGGUCUUUUCUGCUGCUGGCUGCAUCAACGUUAUUAAAAUUUCUUCCUGAUGCUCAAUCUCUGAAACCUAUCCAGAUAACUUUGUUGUCUAUGAGAUGUACACUGACAUUUGUAUGCAUGUGUUUGGUAUAUCUGUGUAAUGUGAAAGUACGAGGAUUUGUGGUUGAUUUGUUUAAUAUUUUUUUUUACCUAAAGGAAAGUGAAUGUAAAGCAUAUAAUCCACGGCCUUUUUGUAAAACUUAUACCAUGGAUAAGCAGCCACUGAACACUGGAGAGCAAAAAGAUAUGACUGAAUUCUUCACUGACCUGAUCACAAAAAUAGAAGAGAUGUCUCCAGAACUGAAAAACACAGUGAAAAGUUUGUUUGGAGGUGUUAUCACAAACAAUGUUGUUUCCUUGGACUGUGAACAUGUAAGCCAGACUGCUGAAGAGUUCUAUACAGUAAGAUGCCAGGUAGCAGAUAUGAAGAAUAUUUACGAAUCUCUUGAUGAAGUAACUAUUAAAGAUACCUUGGAAGGUGAUAACAUGUAUACCUGUUCUCAUUGUGGGAAAAAAGUGCGGGCUGAAAAAAGGGCAUGUUUUAAGAAACUACCUCGUAUCUUAAGCUUCAACACUAUGAGAUAUACAUUUAAUAUGGUAACUAUGAUGAAGGAGAAAGUGAACACUCAUUUUUCAUUCCCUCUGCGUUUGGAUAUGACACCUUAUACUGAAGAUUUCCUCAUGGGAAAAAAUGACAGGAAAGAAGGUUUUAAGGAAGACGGUGAAUAUUUGAAAGAAACAGAGAGUUAUGAGUAUGAUCUCAUCGGUGUAACAGUUCAUACAGGAACAGCAGAUGGUGGACAUUAUUACAGUUUCAUCAGAGAUAUAGUAAAUCCCCAUGCUUACAAAAACAACAAAUGGUAUCUUUUCAACGAUGCUGAAGUAAAACCAUUUGAUUCAACACAGCUUGCCUCAGAAUGUUUUGGUGGAGAAAUGACUACAAAAACAUAUGAUUCUGUUACUGAUAAAUUUAUGGACUUCUCCUUUGAAAAGACACACAGUGCUUACAUGCUGUUUUACAAACGGAUGGAGCUGGAAGAGGAAAAUGGCAAAGACUACGAAUUUGAUGUUUCUUCGGAAUUGCUGGAGUGGAUAUGGCAUGAUAACAUGCAGUUUCUUCAAGACAAGAACAUUUUUGAACAUACAUAUUUUGGGUUUAUGUGGCAUUUGUGUAGUAGCAUCCCAAGCACGCUACCAGAUCCAAAAGCAGUUUCCCUGAUGACAGCAAAGUUAAGCACUUCUUUUGUACUAGAGACAUUUAUUCAUUCAAAGGAAAAGCCUACAAUGCUUCAGUGGAUUGAGCUUUUAACAAAGCAGUUUAAUAACAGUCAGGCAGCUUGUGAAUGGUUUUUGGAUCGUAUGGCAGAUGAUGAUUGGUGGCCAAUGCAGAUUCUAAUAAAGUGUCCCAAUCAGAUUGUGAGACAGAUGUUCCAGCGUUUGUGCAUUCAUGUGAUACAGAGACUGAGACCAGUGCAUGCACAUCUUUAUCUUCAGCCAGGGGUGGAAGACUGUUCGGAUGACAUGGAUGGUCCUGUGGAAGACAUCGGCAGUCGCUCUUGUGUGACACGUUUUGUGAAGACACUCUUGUCUAUUAUGGAGCAUGGCGUUAAGCCACACAGUAAACAUCUCACAGAAUACUUUGCCUUUCUUUAUGAAUUUGCCAAAAUGGGUGAAGAGGAAAGCCAGUUCUUGCUUUCACUGCAAGCCAUAUCAACAAUGGUUCACUUCUACAUGGGAACUAAAGGACCUGAAAAUCCACAGGUUGAAGUACUUUCUGAGGAAGAAGGGGAGGAGGAGGAGGAGGAGGAAGAUAUACUUUCUUUAGCAGAAGAAAAAUAUAGGCCUGCUGCUCUUGAGAAGAUGAUUGCUCUGAUUGCUCUCCUAGUUGAACAGUCUCGCUCUGAAAGGCAUUUGACUUUAUCACAGAAUGACAUGGCAGCAUUAACAGGAGGAAAGGGAUUUCCUUUUUUGUUUCAACAUAUCCGUGAUGGUAUCAACAUCAGGCAAACUUGCAAUCUGAUCUUCAGUUUGUGUCGGUACAAUAAUAGACUUGCAGAACAUAUUGUGUCCAUGCUUUUCACAUCAAUAGCAAAGUUGACUCCUGAGGCAGCCAAUCCUUUUUUCAAAUUGUUGACUAUGCUAAUGGAAUUUGCUGGUGGACCCCCAGGAAUGCCACCUUUUGCUUCUUACAUUCUGCAGAGGAUUUGGGAGGUCAUUGAAUACAACCCAUCUCAGUGCCUGGAUUGGCUGGCUGUGCAAACGCCUCGAAAUAAACUAGCGCACAGCUGGGUGCUACAAAACAUGGAAAACUGGGUUGAACGUUUUCUUCUGGCACAUAACUAUCCUAGAGUGAGAACUUCUGCAGCCUAUCUCUUGGUGUCGCUUAUUCCAAGCAAUUCCUUCCGUCAGAUGUUCCGAUCAACCCGCUCUUUGCACAUCCCUACACGUGAUCUGCCUCUUAGUCCAGAUACUACAGUAGUUCUUCAUCAAGUCUACAACGUGCUUCUUGGCCUUCUUUCGAGAGCUAAGUUAUAUGUUGAUGCUGCUGUUCAUGGCACAACAAAACUUGUGCCCUACUUCAGUUUUAUGACAUACUGCUUGAUCUCAAAAACUGAGAAACUCAUGUUUUCUACUUACUUCAUGGACUUAUGGAACCUUUUCCAGCCUAAACUUUCUGAGCCAGCUAUAGCCACCAACCACAAUAAACAGGCUUUGUUGUCUUUUUGGUAUAACGUCUGUGUUGACUGUCCAGAGAACGUGCGCCUUAUUGUACAGAACCCUGUGGUGACAAAGAACAUUGCCUUCAAUUACAUCCUUGCUGACCACGAUGAUCAGGAUGUAGUGCUCUUCAACCGUGGGAUGCUGCCUGCCUACUAUGGCAUCCUGCGUCUCUGCUGUGAGCAGUCCCCUGCGUUCACGAGGCAGUUGGCUUCUCACCAGAACAUCCAGUGGGCCUUCAAGAAUCUCACGCCACAUGCCAGUCAGUACCCAGGAGCAGUAGAAGAACUGUUUAACCUCAUGCAACUUUUUGUAGCUCAGAGACCAGACAUGAGAGAGGAAGAGAUAGAAGACAUAAAGCAGUUUAAGAAAACCACCAUAAGCUGUUAUCUGCGCUGCUUGGAUGGACGAUCUUGUUGGACUACUUUAAUAAGUGCCUUCAGAAUAUUAUUGGAGUCUGAUGAAGACAGGCUUCUUGUUGUGUUUAACAGAGGAUUGAUUCUGAUGACUGAGUCAUUUAACACAUUACACAUGAUGUACCAUGAGGCUACCGCUUGCCACGUGACUGGAGACCUGGUAGAACUUCUGUCUAUAUUCCUUUCAGUUCUUAAAUCGACACGUCCGUAUCUUCAAAGAAAAGAUGUGAAGCAAGCUCUCAUUCAGUGGCAGGAGCGAAUUGAAUUUGCCCAUAAACUUCUAACUUUGCUGAAUUCCUACAGUCCUCCGGAACUUAGAAAUGCUUGUAUUGAUGUCCUCAAGGAGCUUGUACUUUUAAGUCCUCAUGAUUUCCUACAUACUCUGGUUCCAUUUCUACAGCACAAUCAUUGUACAUACCACCACAGUAAUAUCCCAAUGUCUCUUGGACCUUACUUUCCAUGUCGUGAAAACUUGAAAUUAAUAGGGGGAAAAAGCAAUAUUCGUCCUCCACGUCCCGAACUCAAUAUGUGCCUCCUGCCUACUAUGGUAGAAGCCAGCAAGGGAAAAGAUGAUGUUUAUGAUCGUAUGCUGCUAGACUACUUCUUUUCUUAUCAUCAGUUCAUCCAUCUACUGUGCCGAGUUGCAAUCAGCUGUGAAAAGUUUACUGAAACAUUAGUUAAAAUGAGUGUUCUUGUUGCAUAUGAAGGUUUACCACUUCAUCUUGCAUUGUUCCCCAAGCUUUGGACUGAGCUUUGUCAGACUCAGUCUGCAAUGUCAAAGAACAGUGUAAAGCUCCUCUGUGAAGAUCCAGUUUUUGCAGAAUAUAUAAAAUGUAUUUUAAUGGAUGAAAGGACCUUUCUUAACAACAACAUUGUGUACACCUUUUUGACGCAUUUUCUUCUGAAGGUCCAAGGGCAGGUGUUUUCUGAAGCAAACUGUGCCAAUUUAAUCAAUACUCUAAUUACAAAUCUAAUAAAUCAGUAUCAAAGCCUAGAAUCUGAUUUCAGCAGCCAGAGAGUUGAAAUCUCCAAAGCAAGCUCUGCUUUAAAUGGGGACCUCCGAGCACUUGCCUUGCUGCUCUCAGUGCAUACUCCUAAACAGCUCAAUUCAGCCCUGAUUCCGACUUUACAAGAACUUUUAAACAAGUGUAGAGCAUGUCAACAACAGAGGAAUUCACUACAAGAACAAGAAGCCAAAGAAAGAAAAAUUAAAGAUGAUGAAGAGGCUACUCCUGUAAAAAGAAGACGGGUCAGCAGUGAUGAGGAGCACACCGUAGACAGUUGUAUCAGUGAUAUAAAAACUGAACCCCAGGAAGCACUGACCCCAACAAGCACUUCAGAUAAUGAGACACGGGACUCUUCGAUCAUUGAUCCAGGCACUGAACAAGAUCUUCCUUCCCCUGAAAAUAAUUCUGUCAAAGAGUACAGAAUGGAAGUUCCAUCUUCAUUUUCAGAAGACAUAAUGCUGACAAUGAGGUCACAACAUACAGAAGAGCAGUCAGGAAACGGUAAAUUUCAAGAAUGCAAAGAAUUUAAAGACCAGACUUCCAAGGAUUCCGCUGUAGCAGAGGAGGACUCAGAGUUUCCUUCCACAUCGAUUUCAGCAGUUUUAUCUGACCUCGCAGAUUUGAGAGGCUGUGAUAGUCAAGCCUUAUCAUCCCAGGACCCUGAAACUAGUUUAUCAAUCACUUGUGGCCAUUCCAGAGGACUUUUUAGUCUUAUGCAGCAGCAUGACAUUUUAGACAUCCUGUGUAGGACCAUUGAGUCUACAAUUCAUGUGGUUGCAAGGAUAUCUGGAAAAGGAAAUCAAGCUGCUUCUUGACAUUAGAUGAAGCAUGUCUGCUUCUUUUUUUUCCUUCCCUCCCCCAAAAAUGCUGUUGCCUAAGUUUUGCUUAUUUCUGUUCUGUGCUUCAGUUUGUCCAGUGCUCUCUGCUUGAAUGGCAAGAUAGACUUAUAUGCUUAAUUCUUGGUCAGGCAGAUCUCCAGUUUUAUUUUUUGUUUGUUUUUGGAUUUCUUUUUUGCAUCUACCAUACACUUUCUUAAAGGGCAAUCAGAUAAUGGAUAUGUUUUAUGUAAUUAAAAAUUCACUGUAGUGGCUUUCAUUUAAUAUGGCUGUCUGGGAGAACAGGGCCUCCUUGCCCUGUAUGAUGUAAUUUAAACUUAUGGCAUUUUUACUGUGUAUAAUAUGGUGUCCUCUGUGCCAGUUUUGUACCUUAUAAUAGAGGCAGAUUGCCUCAGAUCGCUGUGGUUCUUAUUAUCAAAAUUAAGUUUACUUGUAUACUAAACAACCACAAGAAAUUUGAUUCUGUAAAGAAUCCUCUUUAGCUGUGGCCUGGCAGUAUAUAUAUGGUGCUUUAUUUAACAGAAUACCUGUGGAGGAAAUAAAGCACACUUGAUGUAAAAAUAAUUGUUUUAUUUUUAUUGACAUGAUCAAUUGCUAUUCUGUGCACUUCAUUAAACUGAUUGUGAUGACUUUUCA